UUGCAUAUUCUGUAUAAUUUUAACUGCACAAAGCUUGAGGACCCUUGGCAGAGAAAGUUCCGGCUCGAAAGGACCUCCCCCUUGAGCUUGCUGGGCUCCUUCCCCAACGCGCCAGGUUACCCUGUGGGCUUACUACUUGGCUAACAGAGAUCAUUUGCAAGCAGAUUUCUUGGUCUUAGCCUGGUGGCACACCACAGCCCGAUUGUUACGUUUCCUCUCCUACUGGCCCCGGGCUGAAAGUCCCUAGGCUGAGAAAUACAUCCUGAGACUUCUAGACAGCCGAACUUCCAACUUCCGGUUUAUGAAUAGACUAUCCAACACCAGCUUCUUGCUUCUGGUUUAAGAGCUAAUACUUAAGAAACAAAAUGAUAAAGGAUGAACAGAUUGUAGAGGAUGAUGGGCUUGUGUCUGCCAUGUUCAAUAUAGUAUUUUUCUCUGGAUUAUAGGCCCUCCUUCUACACUGAGGCCCUGAAUGACUGAUCUGAUACAGGACGCAUGUGCCACACCACCCGGCUUUUAAGGUGGUACAGGAGUUAAAACUGGCUCUCCCAUGUGAUUCAGCCUGCCAAGUGGAAGCAUCUUCUAGUGCAUGGUGAAGAGACAGCUCCUUAGGGAUUUUCCAGAGGCUCUCUGACUGUCAUGUGAAACACCAGCUCAGGAGUUGACAUCACCAAUAGACCCCCAUCAAUCAGCCAGAAGUGAAGAUAAAGUCUUCAAAGGAGAGGAUGAUUAAAAUUCAUCAAAUCAAAUAUAUUUUUGAGAUACUGGAUAAAAUGAGAUGCCUGCGAAAGCGUUCUACAGUGUCAUUCUUGGGAGUUCUUGUCAUUUUCCUUCUAUUUAUGAACUUGUACAUUGAAGAUAGCUAUGUUCUGGAAGGAGACAAGCAAUUUAUGAGGGAAACAUCCACACAUCAACUGAAUUCUGAACGCAAUGUUCAUACCUUCAAAGAUUUAUCUAAUUUCUCAGGAGCCAUAAAUGUCACCUACCGCUACCUAGCUGCUACACCUUUACAAAGAAAGAGGUAUCUUACAAUUGGACUUUCAUCAGUGAAACGAAAAAAAGGCAACUAUUUGCUUGAGACAAUCAAAUCAAUUUUUGAACAAUCCAGCUAUGAAGAGCUGAAGGAAAUCUCAGUGGUGGUUCAUCUAGCUGACUUUAAUUCCUCAUGGCGUGAUGUCAUGGUCCAGGAUAUUACACAGAAGUUUGCUCACCAUAUUAUUGCAGGAAGACUAAUGGUUAUACACGCUCCAGAGGAAUAUUACCCAAUCCUGGAUGGCCUUAAAAGAAAUUACAAUGAUCCAGAAGAUAGAGUCAAAUUUCGCUCCAAGCAAAAUGUAGAUUAUGCUUUCUUGCUUAAUUUUUGUGCUAAUACUUCAGACUAUUAUGUAAUGCUUGAAGAUGAUGUCCGAUGUUCAAAAAAUUUCUUAACUGCCAUAAAGAAAGUCAUUACAUCGCUGGAAGGCACUUACUGGGUAACUCUUGAGUUCUCUAAGCUUGGCUACAUCGGUAAACUCUAUCAUUCUCAUGACCUUCCCCGUUUGGCACAUUUUUUAUUAAUGUUUUAUCAAGAAAUGCCUUGUGAUUGGCUAUUGACUCAUUUCCGGGGUCUGCUGGCUCAGAAAAAUGUGAUUCGUUUUAAACCAUCUCUUUUUCAGCACAUGGGUUAUUAUUCCUCAUACAAAGGGACUGAGAAUAAGCUGAAGGACGAUGAUUUUGAAGAGGAGUCAUUUGACAUUCCUGAUAACCCCCCUGCAACUCUAUAUACCAACAUGAAUGUAUUUGAAAAUUAUGAAGCAAGCAAGGCUUACAGUAGUGUUGAUGAGUACUUUUGGGGGAAGCCACCUUCAACAGGAGAUAUCUUUCUGAUUUCAUUUGAAAAUCCAAUUGUGAUCCAAAAAAUUAAAGUGAAUACUGGAACAGAAGACCGGCAAAAUGACAUUUUGCAUCAUGGAGUACUAGAUGUUGGGGAAAAAGUUAUAUCUAAAAAAAUAAGUAGACAGUGUGCUACGUACUCAAGACUAGGGGAAUUCAAAAAUGGAAACUUUGAAAUAUCAGGUGUGAAUCAAAUAAUUCCAUUUAAUAUACAAUGUAUAAGAAUUUGUGUUACCAAAACACAAAAGGAAUGGCUGAUUAUUAGGAGUAUUAGCAUUUGGACUUCUUAGCUGACCAAACCAAUAUGUUCAAUUACUGAAGUAGGUCUUCCUGAUUUCCUUUUUGUCACCUUCCUCUUUUGCUACCUUUGUCUACUGGAAGGAAAACAAUAUGGAUAAGAUAUGUUAAAGGAAAAUUAAUCAUUCUGACAGUUUUGUAUUGUGCAUUGUCAACCUAUUAAUUUUACUCUGAUACCCCCUUGUAUUUAUUUUAACUUCUGAAGCUAAAUAUCAGACCAUGGUUAAAGCUACUUUAGCUUAUACUUUUUAAUGUUCUUAGUUUCAAACCUAAACUGGAUUGUCUGGAAGAUAAUAUGAAAGAGUUAAAAUGAAAAAUCUUAGUAAGUUGGAUGGUGAAUCUUGAAAAACAGUUACCAACUAUAUACACCGCCUCAAGGAUGAUAAAUCAUUAUAUCAUCAGAUAACUUUUAGUAAGCAUCUGUGUGAAGAUGCCGUUGGUUAGAAUGAAAGUCUGGUUUGUUCCCCUCAUAAACUUCGGUUUCCAUUUACUUAUGUACAUCUACAGUGAUACCUCCUCAUAGAAGUGGUGUCUUUACAACAGAAAGUUUCGUGCAGAUGGGGCUAUGGAAUAAGGAAAAAGAAAAAAAAGACUUAAAAAAUAUCUCUCCCCUGAUUGUUUAUAUGACAGGGGACAUUGUUUGUUGUUUUAAAACAUUUAAUUGAGCACCUGUUGUUAAUAAAUUUUCUGUGGGAAUCUCUCUUUUU